AUGGCAUUGCCUUAUCACACCACAAAGAUUUUCGAAGUUAAACGAGAAGAGGCCAGAGGAAACACAGUGCUGCCUGACACGAGCCCAGCAGACCAGCACCAACCCAGUCAGUCCCAUCCCACGUUCCCUGUUGGGCCUCAGCCAUUACUGACAGCCCAACAGUUAGCCUCAGCAGUAGCAGGGGUGAUGCCAGGAGGCACUCCAGCCCUGAACCAGCCGAUCCUUAUUCCUUUCAACAUGGCUGGGCAGCUGGGGGGCCAACAAGGACUUGUCCUAACUCUACCUACAGCGAAUCUCACCAACAUCCAAGGGCUGGUAGCAGCAGCUGCAGCAGGAGGCAUCAUGACUUUGCCAUUGCAAAAUCUACAAGCUACCUCAUCCCUGAACUCCCAGCUCCAACAGCUUCAGCAUCUUCAGCAGCUCCAGCAUCAACAACAGCAGCAAGGUCAACAGCAGCAACAGCAGCAGCAAAGCCAGCAGCAGCAGCAAGGUCAGCAGGCACAGACUUCACAGCCACCCCAGCAGACCCAGCAGCCACAGCCGUCGGCACCGCCUCAGCAGAACCAAACACAGUCCCAGAGCCAGAGCCAACCGCCUCCAGCCCCACAGUCCUCCAGCUCUCCUCAGAAACCCAGCCAGUCACCAGGGCACAGCCUUCCAUCUCCUCUUACUUCACCAAAUCCACUGCAGCUGGUUAAUAAUCCGCUAGCAAGUCAGGCUGCAGCAGCAGCAGCCAUGGGCUCCAUAGCGAGCUCCCAGGCCUUUGGCAAUGCCCUCUCCAGUCUUCAAGGGGUCACAGGUCAACUCGUCACUAAUGCACAAGGACAG